AUGGGGGACGAUCCUGGGAGGCUUUAUCGUUUGGAUGGAGUUGCUCAUAUCGCCGGGGUGAUCAAUGACGAGCCUCGGCGUUGCAUAUCCAGCGUUAGGCGGCAGCAGGGGAUGCGACUUGAUGAGAGGUACGUUCUGUACUUGCAGAUGGCCGGAUUGUACCAUCUUGCGAGACUGAACGACAGAUGGUUUCGACUAGACGAGCCCCUAGUUAGCGCAUUCGUCGAGAGGUGGCGGCUUGAGACGCACACCUUCCACAUGCCUUUCGGAGAGUGCACCAUCACGCUUCAGGACGUCGCAUACCAGCUGGGGUUGCCAGUGGACGGACAUUACGAGACAUUUGGAGAGUGUCCCGACGGGGCUGAUGAGGAGACAGUUAGGCGCUUUGCCCAUGCCUAUAUCAUGAUGUUAUUGGGCACGCAGCUGUUUGCCGAUAAGUCCGGCAACCGUAUACACAUCAGAUGGCUACCCUAUGCUGCUCGGCUUGAGGAGAUGGGUGGCUACAGUUGGGGGUCGGCGGCCCUAGCAUGGUUGUACCGGUGCAUGUGCCGGGUCGCCAACAGACAUGUCGUGAAGUUAGCUGGGCCUUUACAGUUACUGCAGUCUUGGAUCUUCUGGAGGUUUCCUACUUUUAGGCCUACUGGGUAUGAUGCGUUUAGCUGGCCUCUUGCCUCGAGAUGGUCUGGUUACAAUAUUGGGAUUAGCAACGAGGGACCCCGCGUACAGAUGGCUCGCCUGAAGAUCGACUUGUUAUAG